GUGAACGGCUAGCGAGCUAGGGUUAGAGAGUUCCUCUGCAUAUAUACGUAUAUAAUUGAGGAUAUUUAGGUUGUGAACCAGGGCAUCCAUUCUCCCUAUGAGGAUUCCUAGAUUGGUAAUUGAGUCAUGGCUGCCGAUCGUCUUCUGAAAAUAGAAAAUUUGUUGUGAACCAGGAUAUCUGUUCUCCAUAUGAGGAUUCCUAGAUUGGUAAUCGAGUCAUGGUUAUUGCAGACGGUCCGCUUCUGAAAAGAGAAAAUUUGAAAACCAUGGCGGGAGGAGACCAACUCAGCAAUUUGCCCGAUUCAAUCCUACUUCACAUCCUAUCUAUGUUGCCAAACAAUAAAGAAGUUGUGAGAACCAGCGUAUUAUCUGAACGAUGGCGGUUUCUUUGGAAAUCGGUUCCAAUAUCUCUCAAUUUCAAGUUUCCGGAUAGUGACAAUGAAAAUGACACUCUUGAUUAUCUAGUUUCUAUCCACAGAGAACUUCAUUAUUGGAGGUCUUGCGAGAAAAUUCAAAAACUCAACGUACAGGACCUUAAGUAUGCGCAGCGUUUUUCUAAAGAUGUCAAUUUGUGGGUACAUUUUGCAACUAAACUUGCUAAUGUUGAAAAUUUUGGACUUAAAUUUAUUACAGAUAACCAAAGGUAUGAGUUUCCUCAAUUUGCAUAUAAAAAUGCAUCGUUGAAGAGUUUGUUUUUAGUUCACUGCCAAUUGAACCCUUUUGGCAAUGUUAACUGGAGUAGUCUCGUUUCUCUUGUAAUGUAUAACAUGGAAUUCAUAGAUGGUGUAAUGGAAAAGGUAUUAUCUGGUUGCCCUAACUUGGAGUACUUAGAAUUGGAUGAGUUUUCGGGCAUACGUCGUUUGGAAAUAAGCUCUGUGAAGUUGAGAGAAUUGAUUAUACGUGAGUAUGAAAAUGAGAACCAUGAUCUAGGGCUCGAAUUAAUAGCCCCCUACAUUAAAAUAUUGAAAAUCGUGGGGUGGUGCAGUGAGAUACACAUCAUAAAUGUAGCAUCACUUGUUACUGCAAUGCUUUGUUUAUAUUUUGAUUUUGAUUUGGGGAAAGAACAGUACUUGGAAAAGGAAACUAGUCUUUUUAAGGAGCUUCUUCACAGUGUUGCCCAUGUCGAAAAUCUUACAUUGGGAUCCUGGUGCAUCGAGUGCUUGUCCAUCUUGGAGUUGAAAGGGUGGGAGUUUCCACCAUCAAGCCGGAAAUUCUUAAAACUUGAUGUGGAAUUUAAUCAGUUAGACUUUCCUGGAAUUUGCUGCUUUCUACAAAGCUCACUGGAUCUUGAGACAUUGGUCAUUCAUUGGUACGAUGUUGAAUUAGGAUACUUGCUGUCAUGGUACACAGAUUGGGACGAAGAGACGAGGAGGCUUGAGCCACAUAAUUUUAAUGGCUCAUUUCCAUAUCUUAAGACCAUCAAGAUCCUUAAUUUUAAUGGAUGUGUUCUGCCAUUGAUAAAAUAUUUGCUCAAGCAUGCAAUUGUGCUAGAAAAGUUGGACAUUGUUGCUGCAGUUCAAAGGAAUCAUACGUCUCCGGAUUAUGUAACAGUGGCACGGGAGGUCCUAAGCUAUCCAAGAUCCUCUCCACAUGCUUCAGUUUUAUUAUCUUAUAGAUAA